AUGGGUGUCCAGUCUGAUCUUUUAAUCGAUACCUGCACCAAUUCUGCAAAAUUCUUUUUUGCGUUAGUCAGAAGCGGCACAGCAUCAUUGGAACUGUUGGAUUUGUUGCUAUUGCGCUGCUUCUCAAGUUAUGAUGACGCAGUAAAGGACAACAAAAACCUUGCUCCUGGGCGACGAGCUUCAAAGUCGCUAAAAAUCAUUAUGAAUAGUAAAGAAUUUUACCCCUCUGAUCUUGUAAAUGCAGGCACGAGUUUUGUGUCAGAUUGCUUAGAUGUUCUGAGCAAUCAUGGUCUUGAAAAAGAAGAAUUGGGAAAUGCAGUAUCAUUUUUCCCGGCCGUUUUAUUCACAAAAGAUGCUUCCCAUAUGGCCACUGUCAGUGAAAUCAUCUCUUCUUUUUUUCCUCGGCCUCAGCUGCGGAAUAUAUUAAAAUUUUCUCCGCACAUAUUGCUGCACGAUCCAGAUCGUUUAGAGCUCAAAUAUGAGUACAUCUACUAUCAUAUGGGCUUAGAAGCUGAGGAUUUUGGGUUAUGUAAAAUGUGGGUAGAUUUGCCGUUAGAGGAGAUUAUGGCAAGGCAUGAGUUUCUUGUUAAAGCUGGUAAAUACGUUUUUCCCGAUGAGAAGAAACCACAGUUGGCGAAGGAGAAUCCUAAACUUCAAGCGAUUCUUGAUACAACGGAUAUCCGCUUUGCUGAAAAAGUUGCUGGUGUGAGUUUAGAGGAGUGGGAAGUUUAUAAAAGUUUAGCUGUGAAGUUAAGGGAGCAAUCGGAAUUGGAUGUUCCUUAUCAACGCAUAAAGCCAUCUCUGAGGAAGCUUUUUGAAAGAAAGUUAAAAGCUGCAAAAGAGAGUGAGCCGUAUAAAUUUGAAUCUGGAACAACAUAA